UGUUGCGUGCUAAGCAACACCCACACCAACAAAGAAGCAGACAGCGUUUUGAGCGUGUUUUGUUUUACACAAGUACUUUUCGAUUCGACCUGUUUUGAUUGUACAGUAGUAUUUAGCUGGCGUUAUAACGAGGCACACACAACCGUGCUCGGACAUAGUCAAUUUAACCAACAAUGGAGGGCGCGUUACCGACCAUAAAGAUGGAGGAAAUCAAGAAAGAGGAGGACUGUGACGAAGAUGUGAAACCAUUCGAUGAUGGCGGGGUGUUUUCUGCCCUUUCUUCGGACUGCAAAGUGGAAACAGACUCGACCGCUCGGCCGGUAUCACAAAUUCCCGUUCCUAGUGGGGACUUACUGAAUAUAGAAGUUAAAGUGGUUAAAGAAGAGGAAUGUGAAUCGCUAAUCCAGUCAGCCUCAACCAUGCUCGUCAAAUGCGAGGCUGAAGAGACACCGCUGCAAGCUAACGUGAAAACUGAGGACGGCGGUCAUGUAAAGACUGAAGAGUUCAAGGAAGAAAGCGCUGAUAAUCCACCGAAAGAUACAGUUCAUGCCAUGGACACAGUAUGGACAGAGUAUGGAGCAAAGAGGAGACUGAUGAGUCAGCUGACGCAGGAGGAAGCUGCAGACUCUCAGCGUGCUGCUGCAAGAGAGCAAAUGCGUCGACGGAAACAAGAGGAGUCGGCAGAAAAGCGCCGCGCUUCCAAAAGAGCUCGAAUGAAUCGUCUGAGGCAAGAGAUGUCGGCAGAGGCUUUAGACAAAUUGCGUGCUGUUACAAGAGAGCGAAUGCAGCGAUGCAGGCAAGGAAUGUCGGCUGAAGCUGUAGAAAAACGACGUGCUGUAGAAAGAGAGCAAAAGCGUCGUUGGAGGCAGGACUCAUCCCCAGAUACUCUCAACAAACAUCGUACUAUGCAAAGAGACAGAAUGCGGCAACGUAGAAUGAACGAGACCCCCGAACAGACUGAAGCUCGUCGGUUGAAAGAGAAAAAGAGAGUUCAAGAUCGCAGAGCUAGGGAACGACUCCAUAUGAAUGAGAUGUCGGUAGAAGCUGUAGAAAAACUGCGUGCUGCAGGAAGAGAGCAAAAGCGUCGUUGGAAGCAGGACUCAUCCCCAGAUACUCUCAACAAAUAUCGUACUAUGCAAAGAGACAAAAUGCGGCAACGUAGAAUGAACGAGACCCCCGAACAGGCUGAAGCUCGUCGGUUGAAAGACAAAAAGAGAUCUCAAGAUCGCAGAGCUAGGGAGCGACUCCAUAGGAAUAAGAAAAACUUGAGUGUUGACGACUGUGCGUCUUCAAGUCCAAGAUAGCACAAGGAUUCUUGUUGUUGCCACCGGCUGCAUUACCUCUAAGUUGUAGAACUGAGGAAUAUCACAACAAUAAGGCAAUUGAGGACAUGAUCACAUGGGGUCAUCCAUAUGUUCACCGGGUCCUAUGUUUCGCGCACUGGGGAACACAGAACCCUUUUCUGAAAACAGGGUUCUAUGUUCCCCUCUGCUUCCAAGUAGAUUGCUGCCGCAUGGCGAGCACGGGUUGCUGCUAGGGUUAGGGCCUUAGAAAAAGGGUCCUAAGUCCCAUACAAAGACCGGGGAACAUAGGACCCGGGGAACAUAGGUACGCUCCCCAUCACAUCAGGCAGCACAAUGCUAACACAUGGCAAAUUAUGGGUAUGUCAGACUUGUGUAAAACUCCCUAUCCUAUCAUGGUCUCAGGAACACAAGUUGUCUUCCUUCGAAAACCCUCUAGUAGAUGGAUCACAAGCUCCACUUGCUAUCUGCCCCAUGCCUGCAGUUCACAUAGGACUCGAUGCCAUAGAGAUAGAACAUUCAAGUUAUGUGUGUUGUGUAUGUAUCUCUGUAUAUAAGGCGUAUGUCCUGUGUAUUUUGUCAGUUGUGGAAUAAUCUUGUGAUUUGAUGUUAUGUGUAUGCUCUGUCUUAAACGAGUGUUGCUCAGGGACGCAAAAUGAAUUUCACUGACACGGAAAUUUGCGACGGCAGUGAAAAACAAGUGCAGCCUUCCAUCUUGUGUAGGUAGUGUACAUAGCUUCAAUCAACGCAAAUCAAUAGAGAACAAGCCCACCUCUGUCAAAAAAUGGACUUGAACUGUGUGAAUAUGAAAUAGGGUGGGGUGCAUUGCAAACCUUUUAGGAGUUUUGGACAAUCCAUCUACAUCGACGUCAGUGACCAUUUGGCCACCCAGUUUGCGGAGGCGGUAUGCCGAUCCUUGUAACGAGCAUCAAUGGAGUUUAACAACUGAGUUGCACGUGUAAUGGAGGCUAGCUGGCAGUGUUGGCGUGGAACGUUAGUAAACCUCCCUCCGGAAAGCCUCAUAGAGUGCCGAUGCUGCCGUUGGGCUGGGUAACUGGUUAUUAAGUCCAGCGGUAUCGUACUGUGCUUCCAUUUCCGAACCGAUGCAGUUGACGAGGUUGCAGGUUCUCGCCCCGAGGGGGACGAACAGGUGCAGGAAGACCUAUGUCACACAUGGUCCAUCGGCAGUCGAUUUGAUGCCGUAAUUUGCAUAUUUGUCACAGCAGGACUAAAUGUGGUCCAGUCAAACGAUUUCUACCCAUCAUGCAACAUUUACAGUCCAGAAUGCAUUGCUGUCCGCCACGUUCACAGUUUAUGCGGAAUGUGAAAUGCACCUAGUGUUACUAACUCUUCUGUUUUUUCCCCCUAACUUCUACUUUAGUCUUUUUUUUUUUUUAAAUAACCUUUUUUGGGACUCUCCGAGCAGGGAAGCUUUUCAUUGGACAUUAAUUCACAUGACAUUAAAAUAUCUUGCAUCUUCUGUUUUACUUCCCCCUAACUUCUACUUUCGUUUGUUUGUUUGUUUGUUUUUUUUAAUGUUUUUACUUUUUUGGGACUCUGAGCAGGGAAGCUUUUCAGUGGACAUGAAUUCUAGAAUUUACACAUGCCAAUAAAAUAUCUUGUACCAUGA